AUGGCGCCACAAUUCUCUACCGGGCUGAACAUGCCGAAUAAGAAAGCCGGCCCAAAGCCAGGAAAUCCCCUCGGGCAAAAGCGCAAGAACAUUUUCGAUGACGACUCCGACGAGGAAAGCAAACAAAAUGACAACGGCGAAGUCGAAUUAUCCACUCUCGGUGGCCUAGGCGAUCCAGCUCCACCCCCGAAACCAUCAAAAGCAGGACCGCCACCCAAACGAAAGAUGCAAAUGGGUAUGGGCAAGCCGAGUUCCAAGCCGCUAAGCAAGAACUCGAUUUUCGCCAACGACGAGGAGGAAGACGAACAAAAGGACAAGGAACGCCAGGGUGGGGUGCAAUUUGGAUUAAACCAGUCCAAGAAUGCAGGCCCUCCCAAGGACUUCACCAAUCUCUCUGCGUUACACAGCAGCAAAAAGCAUGCCAAAGAAGCUGAAGAACUUGAUCCGUCGAUUUACUCCUACGAUGCCAUUUACGAUAGCUUACAUGCCAAACCCGAUACAUCUAAAACCGAGAACAAGAGUGAUGUGCCGAAAUACAUGGAGAACUUGUUACGCAGCGCUGAGAUUCGCAAACGGGACCAGCUCAGAGCGCGCGAUCGACAACUGGCACAGGAGCGUGAAGCGGAGGGCGACGAGUUUGCAGACAAGGAAAGCUUUGUCACGAGUGCCUAUAAGGCCCAACAGAUCGAGAUGCGCAAGUUAGAAGAGGAGGAGGCUCAACGGGAGAAAGAAGAGGAGGAGCGACGGAAAAAGAAUGGCGGCUCUGGCAUGGUCGGCUUCUACCGGGACGUGUUGUCACGGGAUGAGGCCAAGCACAACGAGGUUGUCAAAGCUGCGGAGGAAGCUGCUCGGCGGGUUAAAGAUGGCGAGGUCACCGAGGACACUGCGGCAGACUCAACAGAACAAUCAGAAGCUCAAAAGGCAGCGGAUCUCAAUGCUCAGGGCGCUCAUAUUACGGUCAACGACGAAGGUCAGGUUGUUGACAAGCGUCAACUACUAUCUGCUGGUUUGAAUGUGGCACCGAAGCCGAAAACGGGCCCCGCCGCAAAGCCGGCUCCUCGCGGACCAGUGCGGACUGGACCUCCUGCGGGCUACCAGGCUGGUCGUGGCGCCCAGCGGGCCCGUCAGACGGAGAUGGUAGCGCAGCAACUGGAGGAGCGUGCGCGACAAGAGGAGGAAGCGGAGGCGGCGAAACAAAAGGAGAUGGCAGAAAAGAAUCGCAGUCGCAAGACAGCAGUGGAUGUCUCCAGCGCCAAAGAGCGAUAUCUGGCCCGGAAAAGAGAACGGGAAGAAGCUGCUGCGAAGGAAAAGGCCACCAAAUAA